GUUCAAGCAAGCUCUUUAUUAUUUGACGCGACAGGUGAAUUGACGGGAGUUUGUUUGCUCAAAUUCUCCAAAUAUAAACAGAGAAGAAAAAAACUUUCUAAUGACGUCUUCUCGAAUUGGAACUAUGGUAAGAUAUGGCCACCUUAUUCUCAUCUCAUGACAGAUGUAGAAUCAGCACUUAUUUGAUAAUAUUUGGAUGCUUAAUUUUCCUGUCCUCUCUGAGUUUGGCUGGUUGUGAAAUUCACCGAACUCGCACUCCGCGAGUCGCCAGGGCUAACGCGAAGGCGUACCCGGGAUCUGAUGCCGCAGGGACCAAGGCGUUCGGCGACAGUGAACAACCGGGGUCGGACGCUGGAGUUGGAAAAGACGAAUUAGGAGAAGAGACAGAUGACUUUUUAAAACAAGAUACGUAUUCUCAAACGGAGGCGUGGAUCUAUGCAUUGUCAGCAACCGUUCUCGUGGGUCUAAGUGGCAUAUUUCCUUUAUUUUUGCCAAUUGAGAUUGAUCCAUCAUCUCAUGAUGAGAGAGGAGCAGCCAAAUUUAAUUGUAUUCUAAGCUUUGCUGUUGGAGGCCUGCUUGGUGAUGUCUUCAUUCAUCUACUGCCAGAAGCUUGGGCUCAUAUUGAUCAAAAUGAUUACAAUGGACACAUCAAAGUGGGUUUAUGGGUCAUCUUUGGGAUGAUCCUCUUUCUGUCUAUAGAGAAGAUAUUUGGUGAAGAAGAGGGAGAUCCAUGUCCAGCGGAAGAAGAAUCAAAUGGAGAAAUCAAGUCAGAAAUCCAUCAUGAUGACAAGUUGAUCAAGCACAACGGCUCCCCAUCACCCAUUGGAAACAGAGAGAUAGCCUGCCGUCCCCUGAAUGGAUUGGAAAAGAAUGGCGGCUUAAAGAGAAGACCUCUAAAUCCCAACACUUGUAUCUCGAGGAAUAAUGGUAUAAAUGGGCUGUCAAAUGGAGACCAUAAAAUAAUCCAGGCAUUACCCAAGAAUGAGGAGAAGGAUACAAAGGAAAAGAAAGUAAAGGUUGUAGGAUAUCUGAAUCUACUGGCAAACUUCAUCGAUAAUUUUACCCAUGGCAUAGCUGUGGCUGGGAGCUUUCUCGUUAGCAAAAAGGUCGGGAUGCUCACAACGGCAGCCAUUUUGUUACAUGAAGUACCCCAUGAGGUUGGUGACUUUGCUAUCCUACUCCGGUCCGGGUUCUCAAGAGUGCAGGCAACUAAAUCCCAGAUCUCGACAGCUGUAGGAGGGCUUCUUGGUGCAGUACUCACCCUCCUCUCUGAAUCGGCACAAGAAACGGGUAACCGAGCUGCGUGGAUCCUUCCAUUCACUGCAGGGGGCUUCAUACACAUUGCCCUAGCUACUGUGCUUCCAGAGCUUCUUCAAGAGACAAAUUGGAAAGAGUCAAUAAAACAGAUGAUGUGUCUGCUGUGUGGUAUUGCUGUUAUGGGUGCUGUGAGCCUUUUGAUAGAAUAAACAGAUGUCUGGUAGCUGGAGAAAUUCUGCGUGAUUGGUACUCAUCCCCCUUGGAUUGCCUCAUCUGAACUACAUACAAUGUCACCAGCAGAUGUUUGAUAUUUGUUUCACAUAUUUUCUGUGAAAAUAUUGUUGAAAAUACCUUCCAUAUUUCUUAUUCUCUGAUUAGACCAAUCAUUCUUCAUCUUAGUCUGCGAUGUUAAAUUGAAAAUAUAGAAGCUGAUGGAAAUUGCUGAAAUUUUAUAUUUUUGUACACCCAUUAUGAAGCAGAGAUGAAUUGUACUUUGAACUGUUGCAGUAUUCUACUAAUAACAUGUUUCAUGGAUGUACAAAAUAUGGCAGGGGAUGUUUUUUUAGGCCGGCCUCGAGCUUAAACUUGCCAGCCUUGGGGCCGAGUCACAUGUCUGUUGGAGAGAGUUUCCUCCAGUGGCUUGGUGACUGAGAUUUCCUUUAUAGGCUCCGACCCUGCAAUAUGGACUAUUACUAUUGGACUCAUUGGCCCAUAUUCUGAUGUCAGGUUUAACUUAGACCACGGUCUAACUCUGUGCUAAAAUUAUGGGGAGCCAAAAGUUCAAGAUUUCUGUUUAUAUUGUAUAUUUCUUAAGUUUACUUUUUUGUUUCCUUUUGCUUUCAUAAUAAAGAAAAAUACUUCAGUUAUCAUUCCCAAACAAUGAUGAACAAUUUGGUUGUCAUAUGAGGUAAUAAACUGAAUGUGUACUGUUAGGAAUUUGUGCCCCAAUUGGCUAUCCAUAGUUAAACCACAACUUUACACCAGGGUUUAAUUUAAACCCGACUUCAGAAUACGGGCCAAUGGCUCGUAUUCUAAAGUCAGGUUUAACUUAGACCAUGGUCUAACUCUGCUAAAAUUAUGGGAAGCCAAAAACUUUAAAAAAAUCCUGCUUAUAUUGUAUAUUUCUUAUAUUUACUUUUUUGUUUCCCUCUGCUUUCAUAAUAAAGAAAAUAUUUCAGUUAUCAUUCUUAGACAGUUAUAAAUGAUUUGAGUGUCAUAAAUUGAACAUGUACUAAUGGAGAUUUGAGCCCCAAUUGGCUCUCCGUAGUUAAACUACAACUAAACCCAGGGUUUAAUUUAAACCAGAGUUCAGAAUACAGCCCAUUGUCAUCCAACAGUUGCUCCCACCUUCUCAUUAUGUUUAUUUUAAUGAGAACACACAGGUGUAUAGAAGAUAUCAGAAGUCAAUACCAACAAUUUGAUUUGAAUAAGUAGAAGAAUUUAAACAAGCAAGCAUAUCACUGUAAGUUUCAUGAAACUUGGAUGUAAAAUGAAAAGACAAAAACCAGAUGAGUGUUACUUUGGCAUUUUUUAUCCCCCUUAGAAAAUUAUAACAUCUUAAAUCUGACGUUUAAUUUCACAUACCAGUUGUAUGCACAACAUUGGUAAAAUGAGUGAACCAGUGAUGUCACACACAUUUAAUAAAAAGUAAUAAUAUUGUACAUGAAAAUGUCAUAUUCAAUUUUGUAGAUAUGAUUUAGUAAAGAAGGUGUUGACUUAAUAAUCAUUUUGAGUUACAAUGAUGUCGAUUCCAUAUGUUUCAAGGUGGAGCCAAACCAUGGUUGAAAAAUUUUGAAUUGUAAGUACCCAAAACUGUCAUGUAUUAGUAUAAUACAAAAGAAAUAGCGAGUGUGUGACGUCAUUAGUUCCCUAUGCAUAAGCCCUUGUUGUGCAUAUAAUCUUAUUUUGUUGAAAUUUUCAACAUUAUGCUCAUUGAAUACUUUCCAUUCGUUUUUAAAUCAACUCUGCCUUUUAUGAUUACGUUACUCUAGGAGUGGAGACUAUAUUUACCUUAGCAAUCGCUUCAAAGAUAAAGAACUCUUUUAUGGGAUGCUUGUAAAGGGCCUAUUAUUUGCUUUUAUAAUUUAAAGGUUGGUUGUAGACAAAUAUAUAUCUUUGUUUAGCGAACAAAAUUCAGGGUUUUCUACUUAAUAUUGACGAGUCAGAGUCUUACGUUAUUUCAGUAAUGUUAUAUUUAUAUUUUUAACUUUGUAUAUUACUAGUAAAAAUUAUUACAAUGUUAAGAAGACUGCCAUGUAAGUUUAAUUAUACCUCCGAAAUAGAGUCGAAAGGGUUAUAAAAUAUAUCUGGUUUGGCGAUCAGGCAGUUCGUUGCAAGUGAAAUAUAAAAUAAGUAAAUUAUUUUCCCAGUUUACUGCAGGUGAGACUUGAGAAACAAAUUGGUCUUGGUGUAAGACACACUCGGAUACAUUCUUGGAAUGAGUUAGAUACUGCAUUUCCAUGGAGGUAUCUAGAUUUCGCUGGCAAUAAUUAUAGGAAACAUGGUAGUGUUGCCAUGGUAAUGGCAUAUUAUAUAUGUUCGUCACAUGAGUGAUAUUUCUUGUUUCACGUGUUUACAUUUUAUGGCCAGGGUAGUUGAAUAUGUCUAAAGAGCUUUAGACACCUGCUUAGUGUAUUAAGCUUUAUAUGAAAGUGAAUUAUGUUUUUUUGCAAGAUAUAUUUUAUUCGAAUAUGAAUAUGAAAUAUUUAAAAAAUAGUUUGUUUUUUUUUCUUUCUAGGAAUCUUGAAUUAUUUUGGAAAUGGGACUAAAGACACUUUUUUCCUUCAUUUAGACAUUAAUGUUUGACAUUUGAUAGAAUGAGGAAUAUUCUCAAUUCAAAUAUAAUUCUGAGAAUUCUUAGAAAGAGAUGAUUAAAUAUAUUUUGAAACUCUGAAUAUGAAUGAAGUGAAUCAUGACAACUCACAAUUUUUUUUAUUCUAAGAUUUAAAACAAUAUGAAUGCCGAAAAUCAUGACAGGGUACUGUAUAAGUUUUUAUGUGUACUUGCCAAGUGUAGUGAGAUGAUAUUAUUUUACACACUGUAGGAGAUUUUAUAUUGAUAUUGUGUCACAUUUGAUAGAAAGGGAUACAUUUAAAUGAUGUAAAGUGUAUUCCAUCUUCAGGAAUCCAUCAUGUCAAUUGAUUUCAUCAGAGCCUGUUACACAUUUAAAUGUGUUGAAUAGUAUUAGGAGGAAAUUGUGGCGAGACUGUAUCCAGUGCUUUGGACAUUUUUUUUUACCAAUUUGGUAAAGAAUUUAUUUUUCUUCUAUUUCAUUUGCACAGAUGUGAUAUAUUCUUUGAUUGUUUAGGCUUGCAUUUGUAUCUUUGACAAUUGAUGGAAUAUUUUUAUUAUUCAGUUUGGUAUAUCUUUUAGCAUUGUUUAAUUUAUGUAUGCAAACUAAAACUGAUCUGAUUUAAUGAUGGCUGAAAUGUGGUGAAUGGUAUAUUUUGAGAUGUUGCUAGAUUGAUUAUCCUUUUGGUGUAUUUAUGAUUUAGGGGUUUACAGUACUUUUGCUAGCAUUCAAUUAUUUGUUUUAGUUAUAAAUUUUACUUGUAUAACUAAAUUACAUGCUUGCCUAAGAGUUAAAGUACUUGUCCUUUAACGAGUUGAACUGUAGCACAAAUUUCAAGAUUUAUAAUCAGGGAUCUAAAUAAAUUUACUAUUGGCUUGGCUUUCUUUGGAAAAUAAUGAAAUCAAAUUAAUUCAAUGCUUAAUUGAAUGUUUUAAUUUGGAAAUUAAUUCAAUGCUUAAUUGAAUGUUUUAUCAAAAUAAUUUUUUAUUCGAAAACUGGUCAAUACUUAACACAAACUUGUCACAAAUAAUAUUAUUUUUAGAUUGUUUUAUUUGUAUACUUGAGAGAUACAUAUUUUAUGUGCUUGAAUUUGUUAAAUCCUGCCUCUAGAAGUGCCUUUCUUCUGUCCUGUGCGUUUCUUCUUCCGAAAAUUAUUUUUUGUUUCAUGUAUCAUAUAAAUUGUUUAUACUGUUUAGACACAAAUAUUUUUGUACACAGCCAAGGUGGUAUAUUGGCUCCAAUAGUACUGGUAUAAUUAUGGUUCUACUAAAUUGCUCCAUACAAUAGCCUUAAAAGACUUCCUUUAUUGGGAAUGGGUUAUCUGCCAAUUUAUGAAUAAAGAUGUAUGAUUCUAAUAAGA